ACAUCUGAAGCAAAAUACAGGAACUACCAUGAGAAGUGCAUAAUCAACUGCAAUUACUUUUUUGGAAACUUUUACCAGAGCAAUUUCACUAAACCCGUAGUGUGUUAGUUAAUCUAAAGAGCCGGUUGAUAUAUCAGUGAGGAGGUUUAUUUCACUGCGGUAGGCAUUGAGAUACUUUUAACGGGUCAGACUGGAUCUGCUUUGUUUGUUUACAUGGUGAAACAGCUGACAAGCUAAAGUUAGCAUCCUAGCUGGAAAACAAUAUUCGAGUUAAAUGAGCUAAACUAUCCAGCAGCGUUGUCCUCGUGAAUGUAACUUAACAGUAGUGAAAGAGCCAACCUACCUGUGCACUAGUGGAUGGUUGUCUUCGGUGAAAGUUUGCAAAGCUAGGGCUACAUUUGUCGAGCGUUAGCUAGGUAAAUAGUUUGGUCACUGAACCUGCGACCAGCUUUUAAGGCCCACAUCUUGAUGUCAGUAUGCCUUGUUCCUGCGGGAACUGGAGAAGAUGGAUUCGGCCGCUGGUCGUUGUGCUGUAUAUUUCGUUGCUAUUAGUCGUCCUGCCCCUGUGCAUCUGGGAACUGCAGAAUUCAAAGGUUGGCAUUCAUAAUAGAGCAUGGUUCAUUGCUGGGAUAUUUGUCUUUAUGACCAUACCCAUAUCUUUAUGGGGCAUCCUUCAGCAUCUGGUUCACUACACUCAGCCAGAGCUUCAGAAACCUAUCAUCAGAAUAUUAUGGAUGGUCCCAAUCUACAGCUUGGACAGUUGGAUUGCAUUAAAAUAUCCUAGUAUAGCAAUUUAUGUGGACACAUGCAGAGAGUGCUAUGAGGCCUAUGUCAUCUACAACUUCAUGACCUUCCUGCUGAACUACCUGGAGAAUCAGUACCCCAGCCUGGUGUCGAUGCUGGAGGCCCAAGAACAGCAGAAACACCUGCCCCCUCUUUGCUGCUGCCCGCCCUGGCCAAUGGGAGAGGUUUUACUGUUGAGAUGCAAAUUGGGAGUGUUGCAGUACACCGUUGUAAGACCCGUCACAACAGUGAUUGCCUUGAUCUGUCAGCUGUGUGGAGUGUAUGAUGAAGGCAAUUUUAGUUCGACAAAUGCAUGGACGUACCUGGUCAUCUUCAACAAUAUGUCACAGCUGUUUGCCAUGUACUGCCUGGUGCUGUUCUACAGAGCUCUGAGAGAGGAACUGAGUCCAAUCAAGCCAGUUGGAAAAUUCCUGUGCGUCAAAAUGGUGGUCUUCGUCUCUUUCUGGCAAGCUGUGUUCAUUGCUUUGCUGGUGAAAGUGGGCAUUAUCUCUGAGGAGCGUACAUGGGACUGGCAAAGUGUGGAGGCUGUAGCUACUGGCUUACAGGACUUUGUCAUCUGUGUGGAGAUGUUUCUGGCGGCCAUUGCCCACCACUAUAGCUUUACCUACAAGCCUUACAUCCGGGAGGCUGAUGAGGGUUCUUGCUUUGACUCUUUUAUGGCAAUGUGGGACAUCUCUGAUGUCAGAGCAGACAUUUCUGAACAAGUCCGCAAUGUUGGGAGAACAGUUAUGGGUCGUCCGAGGAAGUCCUACUUUGGCGAGGCGCAGAGUGAUGGCGAGCGAUCUGGCCUGCUCUCUUCGGGCUCCCAAGAUGCCAUCACUGAGGCAGCAUCCAACCCUGUGUCACCCAAUGGCCAAUACCAGGGCCUGGGCAGAACCCUCACACCGCACUCUCUGUCAGCCCCCGCCGGGCUCAGCUCGGCCCCGUGGGAUGAAGGACAUGAGGCUAGACCUGAAGAAACCCAAGAAGAAGAAAGGACCAACCAAACUGAAGAACCAACAGAAGCAGAUCUCAUUGUGAUCACCUAGCCUAUCGUUAAGGCCCACGUCACCAACAGACUCUACCAGAGAUGGUUGGGCAGGACCCAAUUACAGCCUUUCCAUUUUACUUAGACAUUACCAGACUGAGGCAAGACAAAAUAAACUGUUAUUUAAAAAAGGCACAUCAGCCAAAUUACAGUAGAAGUUUGCCAACAAAUCCAAAAUCAGAUGGACCUCUCUGCCAGUGACAGCUCCAAGAAUGUUCAGUGAAGUUGUGGCACUAAAUGACUUGUACAUGUAGCUAAGCGGUACAUUUUAUGCAGUUUUUUAAUGCGUUAGGAAGUUAUAUGGCACAGUAGACAACGCAGAAUGGUUUUUAAAUCAUAAUUGAGAAAGACUUCUGGUCAAUUUUAACGUUCGUCCCAAAAAGCACACUAUAGUCAAGUCUCUUGAGAUGAGAUACCACAUAAUGCCUCCUGAAGUAUGAGGGAAGCUUGCAUGUGUAAGUGACAGUUAGAUAAAAAGAAAAAUAUGCAGCUUUUAAAAAUACAAAUCCAUGAUACUAAAGCACACUAAAUUUCCAGAAUCAUCUAUUUAUUUAUUUUUGUCCUAACCUGUAAAUGUGUGAAAGGGCCGAACCAAAAAAUGGUUUGAUGCAAAGUGAAGCGCAAACUGUUUCAGUGGAGUCAAUAACCUGGGACGAGGGCUGAAAGAUGUGUCCAGUGUGUCGUUACUUCAGAAUCAAAAUUAAUACAAUAGACUGUACAGGUAUUAAACAACAGACACAACUCAGUCAGCUAAAAUCAACAGAUUCUAGUGAAUUCCGAUCAAUGCUUUACUACAUACAGCUAACUCUGUUUAAUAGAAAUGUAUUCAUGUCUUCUCCGUUGCCUUGUUCUGUGGAACUAGUCUAUCCACUACAUCUAUUUAGCAUUUAUUACACAGGAUGUAUUAUUUGUUGAGAUGUUUCCCAUUGAGUUUAGCUGGAAUAACUUCACAGCUACUGCACACAAGCCAUUUACUUCCCCCAUUGGUUUUCCGAGCUUUUGUCAUUGGUAUUUAUAUGGAUUUGAGCAGGGAUAUUGACUCGUUUAAUGUAGGAUGUUCAUUUGUCAGAUAAAACAUAUUAAAUCUAAAGCCUAAUUUGCAUCUUGUCCAGCUAGAGAAUGUUACAUUGCCUUACAUGGUUUUAUUUUUUUAUUCAAAUAAAACUGACAGGAUUACAUCAGAUGUUUUGUUUCACAUUUUAGUUUAAUGCUAUCUCUGACAGUCUCUUAAAUAAAUCAGAUUAAC